AUGUCAGACACAAAUAACAGCACAACCGUGAUGACGGAGGUAUCAGCCUUGGUAAGAGGUUGGGAGGAUGAGCAUGGUCAACAUAAUUAUGACCCCGUUCCAACCCUUACGAGGUUGGCCGAAAUAAUAGAAGUGGAGACUGAUAAUUAUAUGAAACUUGACCCUGAUCCGUUUGACGAAAGACACCCCUCCAGAACUGACCCUGACUGCAAGUUGGGUCAGAUUUUAAAAGCUCUUUUUAGAAAAGAUAAUUUUAUGAAUAAACUGGUUAAUGACUAUUUAAGAGAUACUUAUUACGCUAGAUUAGGUAUUCAAGGCAGAAAUAUAGACCAUUUGAACAUAGCAGCAUGUCGUUUAAUGCUGGAUAUAAUGCCUGGAUUGGAGACUUCUGUAGUUUUUCAGCCUGAAAUGGAUUCCUUAAUCCACAGAUUAAUAAAAUGGGCCACAGAUUCUAUAGAACCUUUGCAGAGUUAUGCUACUGGAUUAUUGGCAGCUGCAAUGGAAAUAUCUGAUAUUGCCACAAGAUUUAGAGAACAAAACGGCCAAUUAGUGCCCCUAAUGCUUCAAAGAUUGAGACGACUGAGAUCCUCAUCGGAAUUUGUAAACAACGGCCCUGGUAACAGUAACAGCAGACCUUUUGCUCAUUUGUCGGCUUUGAAAUCGCCGCCUUACAGAAGUGAGUUGUUUAGUCCUACAUCAUCGCAUGGUUCGAAAAGGCCGAGGGAAAACGGGAUUUUGUCGCCGCCAGGCCCGGGCGUGUCUUCGAUGUCGAAACCUUGCGAACCGCCGCCGUUGAACACUUCGUCCGAGUCGUCGGAAUGUUCGCGACGAAAAAAAAUGCGCCUCACCGAAGACGCCGCGGUUACGUUUAGCGAUUCCAGCCCGCAAAAAGGCAUUUUUUCGGAAACCAGCAACUCGUCGUGGGCCGAACUGGAGAGCUUCAUGAUCGGAACCGUGCAGAUGUUUCCUCCGACGAUUGUGACCAGGCAAAUUUUAAUUUUAAGGUAUCUGACCCCCAUGGGAGAGUAUCAGGAGUUUUUGAGCAGAGUGUUCGAGAACAACGCGUUGGAGUUGAUUUUGUCUUAUGUCAAUGUGAGGCAGACCAAGGAGGCCAGAUUGGCGUUUGAGGCUUUAAAAUAUUUGGCUUCUUUGUUGUGCCAUAAAAAAUUCUCCACGGAUUUUGUGCAAUUUAACGGACUGGAAGCGUUAUUGGAAGUCCCCCGACCUUCAAUAGCUGCAACAGGGGUCUCAAUAUGCUUGUACUACUUGGGUUACUCUGAAGAAGCAAUGGAGAGAGUUUGUCUUUUACCGAAAUAUAUUGUCAGUAACUUAGUCAAAUAUGCCUUGUGGCUUUUGGAGUGCUCUCAUGAUUCUGGGAGAUGUCACACAAUAAUGUUCUUUGGUUUAACUUUUCAAUUUAAAGUUAUUUUGGACGAAUUUGAUGCCCAAGAUGGUCUAAGAAAGCUGCACAAUGUGAUUGCGACGUUGCCGAUAAUGCUCCCGGACGCCGACACCGGGCAACUGAACGAAGAUCAAGAGUGCGCCGCGCGCCAGAUGGUGCGUCACGUGUGCGUCGCCUACCGGCGCUACUUCGAGGCGCAUCUAGUGGCCAAGGUGGAGCUGAUCCGUCGCGGCCAACUGCGACCGGCCGAACGCAGCACCCCCUCCCUCCUGCCCGCCCAGCCGGGCUACAAGGCCUGCAAAUCUUCCCCCGAGGAGAUCCAGCAGCAAAUCGAGACCUUGUUGAACAGCAUGCCGUUCAAGAGCCAUUGGGCGCCGGUCGAUCAGUUCUUGAAACUGGGAGGGAUUACUUUGUUGCUCAAAGUAAUCGCGUUUGCCUACGAAUGGAACUAUGGCGGUAGAGCCGAAACGGUCAGGUCUGCUUUGGACGUUUUAGCCAUUGCUUGCGUCAUGCCCAAGGUUCAGCUCCUGUUUUGCGAAAGAGUGGACUUGCCAGAAGAAACUAUUACAGUUGGUAUCAACAUAAUUUUGGGAGCAGCAGAGGGCGAAAUAGUUGCGGACGCUGAGGUGCACAAAGCUGCCCUUAGAGUUAUCUGUAACUGCGUCUGCGGGCCUAUUAAUAGGGUCGGUACUUCAGUAAGUAGAUUCUCCUUGAACGCUACAAACUCGCCAAAUAAAAAAACCAAGUACAAAAACUCCGAGGAUCUCAUUCAGAAAGUAUGGGAUUGUGUUAGAUCAAAUAGUGGGAUAAUGGUUUUAAUGCAGUUAAUGAACGUUAAAACGCCUAUAACAGACGCUGACUGCAUAAGAACAUUGGCUUGCAAAGCUUUAGCCGGUUUGGCAAGAUCCAAUACAGUUAGGCAGAUUGUUUCAAAGUUACCAUUAUUUACCACUGGUCAGUUGCAAAAUUUAAUGCGGGAUCCAAUUUUGCAAGAAAAGCGCCAGGAACACGUAGCAUUCCAAAAAUACGCUCUAGAACUACUGGAACUACUUUCAGGAAAAACUAAGCAUAACACAAAUGAUCUUGAAGUAUCUCUAGUCAAUAUACACAGGGCGAAUGUAGUGGCCCAAACAAAAAUCCAAUUCAUGGACAAACAGUUGUUGCAACUGAUCCAUCAGCAUUUAGUGGCCAAAGGUUACGGCGAUACCGCUUCGACUUUAGUGAAAGAAGCCAACCUAAGCCAAUCAGUGAUAGCGUCAAGUUCCCACCACCCAACUAGAUUUAGAUACUCUUCCACGUUAACACCAACACGUAGCCGCCUGUCAUUUUCAUCUCCUUGCCCCAAAAGUGGUUCCUCCGUUAGCAACGCUAGCGGUAGUUCGGGAGAAAGUAUUCCUACAGUUAACGGCACCACCUCAAACUCUUCUGCGAUCAAAAUAAUUAAAAAAUCCCAAACUCAUACGCUCCCUUCGACGCCGGUGCAAAACUCGCGCCUCCAAAAACAAAUCAGCAGCGAGCCGCACCGAUUGGCCAUGCUGCCCAUGUUGGAUGACGUCACCCACCCGGAAACCACCCGACCGGUGACGUUGGACUCGAUCAUCACCGAAUACCUGGCCAAUCAGCACUCGCUAUGCAAGAAUCCCAUGGCGACGUGUCCACCCUUCAACCUGUUUGUACCUCACAAAUGCCCGGACCCGAAGCCGCGCAUUAUGACCGCCAACAACUUCGCGCUGCGAUGCGGCCGGCGCGCGAUCGGCUACCAAUCGAAGACGAUGGACCGUCGCUUCGUGCACUCGCGCUUCUGUCCGGUGCAGACGAUCCGUUCGAACACCGAGGAGGGCUUCUUCACGUGCGUGCGCUUCAUGCCCGGCGACCGCAGCCUGGUCGUGAGCGGCUACAACGGCGACAUCCACAUCUACAACAGGCACACCGGCGCCGAGGAGCACAGCUUCACCGCGCACGACAACUACGUCGUGCAUCUGGAGCCCAGCAGGACUGGGGAGCUGCUUCUGACAAGCACCACGUGGGGCAGGCCCGUGUCCGCCUUGUGGGGCAUGAAGGAAUACGACAUGAAAAUACCUUUUAACGAAGAAGAACACGUCGAAUUUAGCAAAGUAAAACAAGACAGAAUAAUCGGUACCAAAAAUGAAACUGCCAAUAUUUACGAUGUAAAAACAAAUCAAAGACUAAUGAAACUGGUGCCGACGGUGAGCAACCAGUACACCAAAAACAAAGCGACCUUCAGCCCGAACGACGAGCUGGUUCUGUCCGACGGAGUUCUGUUCGACAUGAACUCCGGCAAACAAAUUCACAAGUUGGACAAGUUGAACCAGACGCAGAGCGGCGUUUUCCACCCGAACGGUCUCGAGAUCGUGUCCAACACCGAAAUCUGGGACAUGAGGACGUUCCACCUCCUCAAAACCGUGCCGAGCUUGAACCAGUGCUCGGUGAUGUUCUCGCCGGUGAACAGCGCCAUCUACGCGAUCUCGAUGGAGCAGGAACUGAACGACGGCGACUCCAAGUUCGAUUCCAGCUUCAAAACCGUCGACAGCAUCGAUUACACGAGCAUAGCCACCAUCGACGUGAAAAGAAACAUUUACGAUUUAGCCGUGAACCGGUUCGACACUCAGAUCGCCAUCGUCGAAAACCAGGGGAUGUACCAGGGUGUUCAGGAAUCGGUGGUGAGGAUUUACGAUGUCGGUAGGAGGAGGGAUGCUGAGGAUGAACAGGAAGAAGAAGAGGAGGAGGAAGAAGACCUCGACGGUAGCGAUGGAUCCGAUGGUUCGGAUAAUGAUGGUGAUAUUUUGGAUUUGCGUGUAGGCGAUAACAACGACAACGACAAUAAUGGCAGUGACGAUAGUGACGAUGACAUCAGCUCGGGAUCAGGAGACGACAGUUGGGCCGAUUUGUCCAGUGGUAGCGAUCAGUCGUUAAUCGACGAUCUUUUAUUUGAUUUUUAA